AAUGAUACUCAACAACUCAGUUUCUAAGAAAAUUUUAUUUCUUGUGAACUUUCACACUAUCGACCAAGUUUUGUUCUUCAAAUCAGCGUAAUCAAGUCGAACACGUUAUUUGAUCCUAUUAUUAAAAGCUUCAACUAGCGGGAAAAAGGAUGCGUUCUCCGCCAUUGAUGCUUUCCUCGUGACUGCUUCACAAGCUCACGCAAGGUUUCCCACUUGACCAGAGACCUGGCUCAGUUGCUCAAAUUUGGGAGAUUCCUGUAAUAGAUAACCCCAAUUGACCGUUGAUUCAAAUUUUCUAUGCCUCCACAGUUGAUCCACAUGUUUGCUUUCGCAUUCGCAUUCGCCUUUUAAAGUUCUUCUUCCUUGGUUGCGAUCGCGAUCGAUUCAAUCGCGAGCUGCUGUUUUUCGCUCUUUUGAUGGUUAUUUUGGUACACCCAAUUGACAAAUUCUUCUCCAAACUGGAAGAUCACAAGCACCAUGAAUCGGAAGCGUUAUCGACUGCGAUUGAUAGAUUUCUCUCCGAAGUCUCGAUUCGUUUGAACGAUUUGGGGUUGGAUUCGAAGAAACCCUCGUCGGAAAUCCUCUCGUUUCGAUGGAUCAAGAGAUGUAUUGCACUGCUUCGUGUUCAGCACAGGGCUUUCGCGAAGUUGAUCGUGGAAAUCGACUACCCACUUCGUAAACAGGACGCUUCUUCAGGAGAUGACUUUCUGAAAUACACCUUGAAAUUGCUGGAGCUUUUGAAUUCGAUUAGUUCAUCCCUUUCUCAUCUGGGUCAAGUUCGGUUGGAGCUCUCUCAUGCUUUAAGCUUGGUGGAUUCUUCCCCUUCCUCUGCAAUUGAUCGUCUUAAACCUAUAGAAUCCAGCAGCUUCACCAGGGACUCGAUCAAGGGAGACGGAACUGGAGAAAUUUGUUUGGAAGUUGCGAAAUCUGGAAAAGAUUCGGUGGUUUAUCGCUCUUUGAUGAUUAUGCAGCAGAUUAGUUUGUGGGUUUGUGGGAUUGUGAUUUCCGGAUUGAGUGGAAAUGCUGAACCAUUAAUGGGGUUGAGGAAAUCAGCUGGGAAAUUGGGGGUUUCUUCUUUGAACAGAUUGGAUUCGAUUGUUCACCAAGAAAUUUGUGAAUCUGGGGUGAGGCUGAAGGAAGUUAAAGAGGCGAAUGAUGCAGUUGAGCUUCUAGUUGCUUCCAUGGCAGCUGGGAAAACCAGAGAUGCAGCUGAAGAUUUGCAGAAAAGAUUAGAGAUUCUUGAGAAGGAGAUGGAUGAUUUGAGGAAAGAAGUUGAUUCGCUCUUCUCUGACGUUCUGGAAGAGAGAAGUAAACUGCUUGAUUGCCUGAGGCAGAUAAAUCAAUAGCCAUGAGUCACAAAAGAAAUAUUUGCAGUUUUCUAAAGGUGGAGAUGAAACUGAUAAACCGGGUUCGUUUCGUCAGCGUCUGUGCAGCCAUCU